AUGGAGGAAUGGUGUAAGAUUACCGUGCCAUCUUGCCCAGACGCGGUCGCUACCAGGUGCCUAGAGCGGGGCGCCUGUCUGGCUUUCGGGGCGUACGAGCUCCACGAAAACAGGCGGAUCGGCGGUGUUGGCCUCAUCAAGUUUUCUCCCGAAGACAAGCCGCUACUAGCCUGGAAAGCGCUGGAUUUCGGCGUCCUCGACUUGCACUGGUUCAACGAAAACAGCCUGGUGGUAGCCUCAGCUGACGGCGGGAUCCGUGCGUUGCAAGUGCAAGAUGGAGCCUCAGGCUGGACAGUACAGCAACAUCUAGACGGUCCAGCUAUCGCUCUAUCGGUUUGUCUUGGGGCGGGAGCAAGCGAGGGCAAGAUCGUCACCAGUUUUGCUGACGGAGCGAUCGCGCUGGCGACGUUGGAUUCUCCCAGCUGGCUCUGGGAACGAACGCAAGCGCACGCCCACGAGGCUUGGUUCGCGUGCUUCGGAGCGCAGGAGUAUCUGAUCAUGAGCGGUGGCGAUGACGGGUACCUACGCCUUUGGGAUUCGCGUUUGCGACCGCAGGAGGACCCUUGCGUAUCAAGCUACCAAGCACAUGAAGCACUGGGCGUGACCAGAGCGUGCUUCUUGGAUGAGCACGUUUUUGUUUCCGGUGGAUUCGAUGAAAAGCUGCGUUUUUGGGACACGCGUAUGCUCGGGCGCUCGUGGCAAACGCUGCAGAUGCCUGGCGGGCCAUGGCGUAUUGAGGUGCGCGGCACCUCGCUGCUGGUGGCCUGCAUGCAAGGACACGCCGCGAUCGUCGAUCUCCUGGGGCCGCUACCGCGACUUCAAGUCCAUCUCGGGCAGCAUAUGGAUCAUUCGCUCGUCUAUGCCGCAAGCUGGCUUCCGGGGUUGGGGCACAAUCUGAAAUGUGUCACCGCUUCCUUUUAUGAGAGAAUUCUCUACGUUUGGCGCAGCGCUCCAGCGGACUCCGUCGAUAGGAAGAGUCUGUAG